UCUUAAAUUUUCAGUUCAAAUUCAACUAUGGCGUUUGCUAGUCGAUUGGCUCGUCGUUCUUUGCUAUUUUCGCAAAACUUUUCACAAUUUAAUCGAAAUUUCGGUAAUUUUCGCAAUGUUAAAACAUCUUCAAAAACGUAUAUUCGUACUUUUUGCAUUAUCGGUGGUGGAAUCGUCGCAUUUGCGUGUACAAAUUUAGUAAAAUCAAAUCAAGUAAAAGCGAUGAAUCUUAGAAAAUUCAAACCAAAGGAAGAAGAAAACUAUGUUAAACUUACAGCUCGGGAACGAAGAUUUAUUAAGUUUUCUUCAGUGGAAUACAAUGGACAACUUUACAUGACACCCUUAGAUUUUCUUGAUUCUGUUGUCGAACAAGAGCCUCGACCCCGGUUGAAAAGGAGAUCAUUAACGGAUAAUGAUAUCGAAAAAAUUAAGGACGCUACACCAGCUUUGAAGAAAAGUUCAGUUAAUAUGUUCAGGGGCCUAAGAGACAAAGGAAUAAUAUCUUACACGGAAUAUUUAUUCCUUCUUUCAAUUCUAACAAAGCCACAAUCAGGAUUCCGAAUUGCCUUCAACAUGUUCGACACGGAUGGCAAUCAACGAGUUGAUAAAAACGAAUUUUUAGUGAUUCAAACAAUUUUGGGAGGUUCAUUGCAAAAACUUCAUAUAGACGAAGAGACGCGUAGAAUUCUCCGACGAUUGGUUUCCCCUGAUGAAGCGAAAUUCCUUUUUGAAAAGAAAAAACUUAAAACAAAAAAGAAGAAAGGCUUUAUGGAGAAAAUUUUCAGUGGAGCAUGGAAAGACAAACGUGGCCUUACAGAAACCGAAGAAAACGAAGAGAAAAAAAAUGAAAGAGAUGAUCGAGACAGUUACAUUGACGAUGAGGAGGGGUUACAACGCAGACACAGAGUCGAUACUACUCUUCAAGUGCAUUUCUUUGGUCGAAAAGGCAAUCAAGAUCUGAACUAUGAUGGUUUUUAUAAAUUCAUGGAUAAUUUACAAACUGAAGUUCUCGAACUUGAGUUUAGUGAAUUCUCGAAAGGGAAUCCAGCUAUCACUGAAGUGGACUUUGCCAAAAUUCUUCUACGUUAUACAUAUUUGGAUACUGACGAAUAUGAUAUGUUUUUAGAGAGGUUACUAGAUCGAGUUAAGGAUGAAAAAGGAAUUAUGUUUCAUGAGUUCAAAGAUUUCUGUCGUUUUUUGAAUAAUUUAGAUGAUUUUGCCAUUGCCAUGCGAAUGUACACUUUGGCUGAUCGUGCAAUUUCAAAAGAUGAAUUUGCAAGGGCCGUAAUGAUUUGUACUGGCUACCAACUUACAAGCCAUUUAAUCGACACAGUGUUUGCUAUUUUCGAUGCAGAUGGUGAUGGUCUGCUGUCUUAUAAGGAAUUCAUCGCAAUCAUGAAGGAUCGACUUCAUCGUGGUUUCAAAUAUAUUGAGAGGCAAGAUCUCAUGGAAACAUUCAAAUGUUGCGUGAUUGAAGAAUUAUUGAAACCACAAUAAAGAAAUUUUACAAACAACAAAAUUCAAAAUUAAUACCCAGAGGAAUGAAAACUACAAUUCUGUGAUAAUACAACUACUGGCUUCGUUUGUUAGUUAUUGUUUUGUAUGUUGCAUUAUCAUUCAUUUGACAAUAAAAAUAAAAAUUGCAGCACAAAAAUAUAAAAAUGUUAAACUAAUGAAUGGUGUGUGAAUUGGUCAAAUUUAUUUAGGUAGAUGUCAGUUUUGAAAUAAAACUGUUUAAUAGUUUUUUCAAUAGCUGGAAUGGUUUGCUUUGAAGUGUCAUGGACUCGACAAAUUGUUGGCAUCUACUGACCAGAGUGUAGUUCUAUUGUUUAUGAAUUUCAAGACAUAGUUGGUGUCUAUUGUUUGAAAACCUUGUUAGCUAAAUAUUUUCCUAGAUCCACUCACAAAUUCUUAAUUGGGUUGAGGUCCAAAUAGUGAGAAAACCAGAAUAGAACAGAGAUUCGUUGAUCGCGAAUCCCAGCACACUCACUAUUUUUAAAGAGUGCUUGAGUUCGUUAUCUUGCGGAAAAUGACAUCUAAGUUACAAGUUGUCCUCGGCAUACGAAAGCAUUACCUCUUUCAAAAUAUCACGAUAAGUUUUCUUUUUCAUGAUAUCAUGAACAACACCAAAUUAAGAAAAGCAACAACAUAUUAUGCUGCUACCGCCUCAGUGUUUUACUGUUGCCUAAUAGGUUACUUUUUGUUUCAUCACUUCAAAGAAUGGGCAGGUUCAGACAACAUAAAGGACUUAUUUGUAUAACUGUAUACUUUGAAUAUUUUAACAGAAGCAACUAGUUCGUUUUUCAAGUGUUAUGAAUUUAAAAUUAAUACCCUUUCUUCACAAACCUCUACCUUCAGUUCAUAGGGCAAAAAUUACCGAAAACAUUAUUAUUUACAAAACACUUCUCAGGCAAGCUACAAGUCCAUCAAGAUUUGUAUUUUGUAUUGUAAAAAAAUAUUACUUGUUUUUUUUUGUUUAAUCUGCAAGGAACCCUAUUAAAAACAGCAUUCAAUGAAAUUGUGCAGAAAAUAAACAAAUCAUAGAGUAAUAAAGUCUAGCUUUCAGUUUAGUGAAAAAAUAUAUGUAAUGAGUUAUGACAGAAGAAGACUUGAUAGAUAUAGGGAGAUUUUUCUCGCCUAACUUUCUAGUCAACUUUGCAUUAAAAUUGCCUUAAUAUGAAGGUAAUUCUUUGGCAGCUGUACUGAAACUUGCCUAACUUUUAAGUGCCUUAUGUCGCCUGAAGCUGUCCAUUAUUGGAAGGUAUUGGCAUCUGGCCAAUCAGAUAUUAGAAACUUGCCUUACUUAUAAGUCCCUUAUUUCGUCUGAACCUGCCCAUUCCCUAUAAUUGCUGUGUAGAUUUCAAAAAUACGAUCGGAAUUUGAAUUCAAAAUCAGAAAUAAAAAUAAAAUCCGAAAGGAUCUUAAGAAAGCGUAAAUUCAAGAUUUCUCAAAACUUAAUUAACAAGAAUUUCCAGAAACUAAGUAAAUUGAUUUAAGUUUUUCCUAAAAUAUAGAGGAUAUUUUGUGUCUUACUUAAGCCUUAAAAACCGUUUUUGGUUGUCUCUAGCAUAAAACCUAAAGACCUAUACAAAUUUUAAGGCGAGAUUCGGAUUCAAUAGAACUUAACCCAAAAAAAAACUAUUGUUUUGUUUGUGUGGCUGAAAAAGAAACGUGAUUUUGUUACUUUUUAAAACCGUGUUUAAGUCUUUGUUUCAACCCCAAGAGGCUAGUUACAAAAAAUAAAUAAUUAAAAAUUUGUCAAUCCAAUACUUUGCAUGUUUUACUACAACUAAAAAUCUCCUAUUAAGGAUAGGUUAUCGCAAAAGCACUUCACAUUCACCAUUUUGAAACUAACCGCGUAAAAAAAGCAGUUUUCGAUUCAUUUUGUAGCAUUUCUGAAAAACAUGACUGCAGACCAUCUUCAAAUGAUGAUUUUAUCUCAAUCAUGUGCAGGAGACCAUUAAAACGCAGAAGAUUUUCGGCAUAUUAACUUGACGAAUGUCAGCUAGAAAAAUUUCAGCAUGAAUAUCUGAAAGACAAGGCCACUGAGAAGGCCUUGCUUGAGGUAGUGCGUACCAUUGAGAAGACAAUUCAAUAUAAUAGUCUUGCUACCUUCCUAGACGUAGAAGGUGCUUUCAAUAACGUCCUUACUGAAUCGAUUCACGAAUCACUUACUCACUUCGGGGAAGAGGUUUUUAUUCAAGAAUGGAUAAUUUCUAUGCUAAGUGAUAGAAGGAUUCAAGCUUCGUUAGGUAACACAAUCUCUUCUCAAAAUGUGAGUAGAGGAAUACACAAGAGUGGUGUUUUCUCCCCUCUUAUUAGUCAUGAAUAAAAUCCUUAUAAAAUUAAAAACUUUUGGGGUGAAGGCGGUACCUUAUGCUGAUGGCUUGGUUGUACUGGUAUCGUGAAAGUUCCGAAAUCCCGGAGAUGGCUCUGAAGAAAGUUAGCAGAUGGGCCACGAGUAGUGGACUAAACUGAUUCUCUUUACGACCAAAACUUAACGCGAAAUAUCUAAGAGUUAUUCUAGAUCCCAAACUAAACUGGAAAGUAAACAUUAAAGUACGGGCUAAGAAGGCCUGCAUCGCCUUUUACCCCUUUUUUUAAAUCAAAGAUAAUAUUGUGAAAGUACUCAGCUGUUGUAUGUCAUAUUUAGUCUAUUGGAUUGUGUGGUGGCAUGCGCUUAGCGAGAAAAACAUUAUGGAGAAAAUAAGGAAGGUUCAAGAAAUAGCAAGUGUCGGCAAUCAGUAGAUAGCAAUGAGAAGCAUUUAAAAUACUUAAAUCAAACUUAAACAAAAAUAGAAAUACUGCUAUUUGCACUGACAGCCAAUUCUACCAGAACAUUCUCUAUACUGGAUAACAACGUCAUGAACUCUUGAGCCUCCACUCCAACUUCCGUGUCACUCUUAUCUGGGUUACAGGUCAUAGUGGCAUUGAUGGAAAUUAACCGUCCUUCAUGGCUCACUUGCGGAGAAGGUAACUAUUUCUCUUGUAGCUAUGAAGAGCAGCCAAGAAAAUAUGGCCGUUCUAUUGAACUUUUAUGCAGGACCAGGUAUGAUAUAGCUAGGGUCACUGCAAUAUGUACCGGACAUUGCCAGAUAGGAGAGCACCAAAGUUAAAUAUUUCUCACAAUACCCACGCCGAAGCUGCGGAGACCAACAUGAAAGGGAAACUGUGAUUCACUUACACUGUAAAUGUACUAACCUGGGUAGUUCUAGAAUAUAAAGCUUCAGAAGGUCAUUCCUUAAAGAUCUUGAUGAACUUUCUGGGAUCAAAAUCAAAGACCUGAUUUCCUUUCUGAAUGCGACGAAAUGACUGCUAAUUGUGUUACGGGAGCAUCCUUCUUCAUUUCUGCGUAAAGCAGUACUGUCAAAUCUCUUAAGAUAUCCUCGUCAUGAAAAACUGGGGUUAUAUUGAUACAAAUGAACAUUUGCUUUUCAUGUAACUCAAAAAACGAACAAUUAAUAGGGGGGACUAAGGUGGGACUGCAGCCCCGGGCCCCGCGGAAACGAGGCCCCCAUCCGAUUUAGAAAUUUAAACCGUAAACCCGCGAUAUUCAAACUAUACAAUCUAAUAAACCCCAAAAUUAAAAACCAAAAUUAGUUUAAAAUUAAACCACAAAAUCCAAACUCGAAAGCUAUAUACCCCAAAAAUGUUAUACCCAUAUAGCCCAACUCUCAAUUAAUCCCAUAAACUUCAAACCCACAUAGCUCAACUUGCUAGUAUCUCCAAAAAGUCAAACCCACAGAGCCUAAAUGCCCAAUUAUAAUAGUACCUUAUUAAUUCUUGAUUAAGAGAGGUGUGCGAAUUGAGCGUUAAAGUACAUUUCGAUACUAGUGUCGUAAAAUUUAGAAUUAUUAAUUUCCACGAGUCCGCUUUGAGUUUAACAAGCUAAAAAUAGUGAAAUAAAUUUUGCCGCAGAAGUAUUGAAUCGUGUUUUUCGACACAACGUACGUAAAGUUCAAUUUUCCGAAACCCUCCCGUGGGCAAAAUUCAACUUUACGCGAAUAACGCGUAUCUAAAAAUUAAUGUUCGACUUAAAGGUAAAGGUUCGAAUUGAAAUAUUUUACUACUAGUUUUUUUUUAAAGAGGCGACACUCGAGAAGAAAAAAAACAAACAAAAUUUACGAAUACAUAUCAAAGCAUGUUAUUGACGCCUUGAAAAUAUAUAGCGGUAAGGUCUUCAAGUCCAGUCGUGACUCGCGAGUGUGCAGACGCACUCUGCACGAGAGAAAAAACUAAUCGAAAAAAAAACUAAUAAUAUUCGUAACAAAUCCUAUAGCUAAUUGUGAAGCAGAAAGAAAUUCCUCAGUCCUUAAAACAAUACAAAAUAUGUACUGAUCUUCGAUGUUGGAUGAAAGAUUAUCAUCUUUAACUCGUUUAGCAAUCAAAUCCGAAUUAUUAAGAUCGAUGGAGUUCAAUGAUCUGAUUCAAGAUUUUGUAGAAAUUAAAUAAUUUUUAACCUUUCCUAAUUACUACAUAAUUUGUUAUUUUUAAUUUUUAGAGUUUUGAAUAAUCAAAAAGAAAUGGUCUGACGGUUUUGAGUUCAUGGUUUACGAUUUCUUAUUUGCGAUUGCAAAAUGAACACAUUUAAUUUUUCAAAAACGGGUAUCAAAAAUUCUUAAUCUUGGGGGAUAGCUUCUUGGACUUUCGAUGCGUCAACUCCUCGGCGCAUCGUCUCUGAGAGCGUGGACUUCUGAGCCCCGGAUUAUUGGGUUGGCUCGCUUGGGGUUUAGGAUGCUUUGGUUUAUUGGGUUGGCUCGCUUGAGUCUUAGGACACUCUGGGUUAUGAGGGGUUGGCUUGCUUGGGUUUUAUAUCUUCUUAGGAGGCCUCACAUUUGAAAUAGCCCCGGACCCCCAUUUUACUUACUCCGGGCCUGCGCAUGCGUUACAGAAUCUGAGAUACCUUUUUGGCACAAUUGUUGGUUUUUGAAAAAAUAACUACAUGCAUAUGUAUAUCGUAGGUACUUCUCAAAUCAGCUUUAAAUAAAACGUUCAAACUAUGUGUGUAGAUCCCCGUUUCUUUGGCUUUAAUAAAAUAUAGUUUUUAACACAUUUCUAGUUUACUUUCUAAGAAAUAUCGGCAUCAAUUACUUAGUUUCUGAAAAGGACUUUAGGUAUGGUGUUGGUGUUGACUUUAAAACCAACUUUUAUUGAAAGUCCAACAUAGGCAAGGAAUUUUUGUAUUUGUAUCAGUGGCGUUUAACUAACAAAUUCACAAUAACAACAUUUAUUUAAUUCAUGGGUCAAAAAUUACUAAUUUUUUUUGAUAAACAAGUUUGAAAUUUUGAAAUAUCACUUGGACAUUUAUUUCACAGUCUACACCACUUAGAAGUUUUAAUGGAUUUAAACAGUGUAUAAGAGACGAAAUGAAA